UUGCAUUGUUUAUAUUACAACCAUAUUCAGUCCGUUUCAGUCAACUUCGAAGCUAGUUCGGCCAUCGCUAACCAUGAUAGACAUUUAAAUUUGAGGGAAUUAGUGUUACUUAAGAACAACGAUCACAUAUGAACGAAACUUUAUAAGAAACUCAUCGAAAUGGAGCCCUUCAAAAAGUGUUGUUUUUGUUGUAAAUUAGAAACUGGCGCAUAUAUCUUGGGAGCGGCUGGAUUAAUUUUGUCCUUGGUCAACAUUAUCGGGGGUUCUUUAAUUUUAAACAAAAUUAUUAUCACAGACGAUGAAUCUCCCCCGUCGACGAUAUUCCACAUAAUUUACUCCGUUGUUGGUUUGAUUUGUUUCGCUCUUUUGAUAUUUGGGGCGAAAAGACGAAAUAGUUGGUUAAUGCUCCCAUACAUCGUUUACUCCGUCGUCUCCCUGGCUACAGUCGCUGUAGUCCUAUUCAUCGAAGAAUUCAAUGGCAUCCAUGAAACUUACGUUAAAGUUGGACUGGUUUUAGUGUUUGGAGUAGCCAUUUGCCUGGAGGUUUAUUUUGUUCUUUGCAUGAUUUCACUGUAUUUAAAGCUAAGAAAAGAAAAGUGUGAAAAUGAAAACGAAGGAUUUUUCAAACUGUAGGCACGGGACGCCUUGUAAAAUAUACUCUUAUGAAGUAAUUAAGCACCUUCGAAUUUGCAUUAUUGAAGCUACUCUAUUUCUUUGAAUUACGCAAUGCUUUGAGAACGCGUAACAUGCCGUAAUCGAGAGGUUCAAGUAUCCCUUAUAUAAACUUCUUAAGAAUUAAAACCAAGCACUACAUUUCAGUCAAUUAUGUAUAAUUUCUUUCUGCUCUUUUUCAAACAACAUAUGUAGUUUUGGAAUAAACUAUUUUUACUCAAA